AAUGUGAAAGCCUCCUCGGGUGCUUCGCCCUCCCCGCGGGCAGUGUGCGGCAUCGCCUGCGAACCCCGGCGGGCAAACUCAGAAAAUGAAUCUUUUCCAGUCAAUAACAAGUGCCUUGGAUAACUCAUUGGCCAAAGAUCCUACUGCAGUAAUAUUUGGUGAAGAUGUUGCCUUUGGUGGAGUCUUUAGAUGCACUGUUGGCUUGCGAGACAAAUAUGGAAAAGAUAGAGUUUUUAAUACCCCAUUGUGUGAACAAGGAAUUGUUGGAUUUGGAAUCGGAAUUGCCGUCACUGGAGCUACUGCCAUUGCAGAAAUUCAGUUUGCAGAUUAUAUUUUCCCUGCAUUUGAUCAGAUUGUUAAUGAAGCUGCCAAGUAUCGCUAUCGCUCUGGGGAUCUUUUUAACUGUGGAAGCCUCACUAUCCGGUCCCCUUGGGGCUGUGUUGGCCAUGGGGCUCUCUAUCAUUCUCAGAGUCCUGAAGCAUUUUUUGCCCAUUGCCCAGGAAUCAAGGUGGUUAUACCCAGAAGCCCUUUCCAGGCCAAAGGACUUCUUUUGUCAUGCAUAGAGGAUAAAAAUCCUUGUAUAUUUUUUGAACCUAAAAUACUUUACAGGGCAGCAGCGGAACAGGUUCCUAUAGAACCAUACAACAUCCCAUUGUCCCAGGCCGAAGUCAUACAGGAAGGGAGUGAUGUUACUCUUGUUGCCUGGGGCACUCAGGUUCAUGUGAUCCGGGAGGUAGCUUCCAUGGCAAAAGAAAAGCUUGGAGUAUCUUGUGAAGUCAUUGAUCUGAGGACUAUAAUACCUUGGGAUGUGGACACAGUUUGUAAGUCUGUGAUCAAAACUGGGCGACUGCUAAUCAGUCACGAGGCUCCCUUGACAGGCGGCUUUGCAUCGGAAAUCAGCUCCACAGUUCAGGAGGAAUGUUUCUUGAACCUAGAGGCUCCUAUAUCAAGAGUAUGUGGUUAUGACACACCAUUUCCUCACAUUUUUGAACCAUUCUACAUCCCAGACAAAUGGAAGUGUUAUGAUGCCCUUCGAAAAAUGAUCAACUACUGACCAUAUAGGUAAGUAUGCAUUUUGGGAAAGCUAUUAUGUGCCCCUGACAUUAACGUACUAUUAACCAAGACACAGCAAUCAUCAGUGUUUUGUAUUUUGGUAUAAGGCAACUUUCAGAAGAAAAUAUGUGCUUUAGAAAAAAAUUCAAAUUUAUAGUAGUAUAUUUACAUUUUUGUUGUUGUUGUUCUGAGAUGGAGUCUCACUCUGUCGCCCAGGCUAGACUGCAGUAGUGCGAUCUCAGCUCACUGCAACCUCCCCCCUACCCCCAAGUUCAAGUGAUUCUCCUGCUUCAGCCUCCUGAGUAGCUGGGAUUACAGGCACCUGCCACCAUGCCCAGCUAAGUUUUGUGUUUUUAUUGGAGGUAGGGUUUCACUAUGUUGGCUCGGCUUAUUUCAAACUCCUGACCUCAAGUGAUCCACCCGCUUCAGCCUCCCAAAGUGCUGGGAUUACAGGCGUGAGCCACUGCACCUGGCUAUAUUUACAUUUAAUAGAAGCAUAUCUAGCGUAUGUAUAUGUGAUUUCUUUUUCUUCUUUUUUCUUUUUUCUUUUUUUUUUUUUUGAGACGGACUCGCUCUGUCACCAGGCUGGAGUGCAGUGGCGCAAUCUUGGCUCACUGCAACCUCCACCUCCCAGGUUCAAGCGAUUGUCCUGCCUCAGUCUCCUGAGUAGCUGGGACUACAGGUGUGCAUCACCAUGCCCAGCUAAUUUUUUAUAUUUUUAGUAGAGAUAGGGUUUCACCAUGUUGGCCAAGAUGGUCUUGAUCUCUUGAUCUUGUGAUCUGCCUGCCGUGGCCUCCCGAAGUGCUGGAAUUACAGGCUUGAGCCACCGUGCCUGGCCUGUAUAUGUGAUUUAUAAAAAAUAGAUGCAUGCAUAUGUUAACAUUGAAUAGUCAAUCACUAGAUGAAGAUGCUCUCUACCAUGGUUUAGAUUGCAAGUGUCCUUUAUACCAUUGUUUCAACUUCAACCUUCAUUUUUGUAUAUAUUUUUUCAACUACUUAUACUGUUCAUGAAUAGGCAUACUUUCUGUAUUUAAAAAUGGCCUCUCAAGCACCAUUAAUUUACAUUCUAGUUAUUUACAUGAUAAUUCAUGACAUUCUGAAAUUUGCCUGUAUAUUAUCUGAAAAAUGGAUUUCUUGAGCAAAAGAUCUGUUUAUUGCAUAUAAGGGAAAAUUUUACUUCAAAACAAACAAACCAACCCCAAAACCCAGCACCACUACCAUUUCCAGAACCUUUUUUAGCAAGUGAAUAUUUUUUACAUAGUGGAUAAUAAAUGGUAUUUAUUAAUUAGAUUUUCUAAGUCAUGCUUAUCAGCCCCUUCAGUGGUGAUAUUCUAACAAAAUGAAUACAUUACAGAUUAUUAAGUUAGUUUUUCAGAGUUUUCAUAUAGAAGUUACUAUCACUGACACACUGAUUUUGAAAUGUUUCAAAUGAGUAGAUACUAUUAGAUCCUUUACAUUUUAAUAUCUAGUUUUUCCAAAAAUGAUAGUAAUAUCUUUUGAAGAACCGUGUUUUUUCCCAAAGGAAAAUAAACUCUGUAUAAUAGCACAUUCUCUACUUUUUAAAGAUCAGAAAUGCUAGAAUUCUUGACUUUUGUGUAUGGGUAGUAAAUCUAGCUCACAGAAAAUCAGAGUGAAAUGCCUUUACAUUUGUGCGGAUAGAGAAGUUAACUCUCCCUCAUAUGUCACUGUGCUACCAUAAUCCCUACAUUUUCUGUGGUUCUAGUCUAAGAAUAUUGAUAUAGAUGGAAGUUAGGACUGUUAGCCCACAGAUGCCUAGUAUUCUGUCAGACAUACAGGUGUAGAUGCUGUAUUUCUGAUGUCUUGAUGUCUGUGAAAGCAACUGGCAUCUACAAUAAAUCACACUUAGAACUGGUUAGAGGACUCCCUCACCUUUGUUGUCCAUGUGGCUCCCUUCCGUGGACCAGCCAUAAUAAAAAGCCAAGGUAAUAAUGGUGGCCACGUGUCUCAUUGCUAUUUUUAAAGUAAUAUUCAGAUGUGGUUUUAAAUUUAGAUUCUGUAUUCCUUUUGAACAUAAGAAAAACAUUUAAACCUAUGCUGAAAAUACGGUAAGAGGAAAACAACUCCAAUAUGCUGAAAGUUAAAUAUGGUAUUAAAGAAAAUAGUCAUGUAUGCAAUUGAGAAUGUCUAUAAUUUUUUUUACAGAAAAGCUGGAAGAUUAUAACUAGAUACGGAAAUAUUUUUUCUGAAUUUUUUUUUUAUAUUUCCUCAGACUUACCUCUUUUUGAAAAGAGAGUUUUUAUUAAAUGAACCAUCAUGAUAUUGGCUGAAAAGUUCUACAUUCUAUUAUUGUAUUGUAACACAUAUGUAUUGAUGAUUUUCAUUAAGAGUUUCAGAUGAACUUUGAAAAAUAUUCCACUUGGUAAUCUUAUAAAUUCUGUUUAAUUACAUCUGUAAAUAUUGUGUGUGUGAUAGUAUUCAAUAAAGUAAAAUCAAAUUGUC